AACCUAUAAUUUUUGCGUGCUGUGCUAUCCGUUCAUUGUUUUUCGCAUAAAAUUUAGAAUUUCGGACAUAAAAAUUUAAAUAAACACCUUAAUCUCUUUUAUAUUAUCAAUUUGUAAUAUUUAUCAAUAUGGCUGGCUUCGAAAUUCGGACGUCGAAUAGUAAAAAGGGUAAAGCUAUGUUUUCCACAAAGAAAUUCGACCUGGGAGAUGUUAUUUUGGAAGAGGAUCCUUUGAUAUCGUGCCAGUUUGCGUGGAAUCAGGCCUAUAGAUACCUAGCCUGCGAUCAUUGCAUGAGGCCGCUUGAAACUCCAGAACAGAAUGUCAGACGUCUAUCCAAUAAGCCCGACAUUGUUCUCCCUUACUCAGACAGUUUUGAAAUCAAUCUGGACACAAUAACAAACUGUGGUCAAUGUGGUGUACUCUACUGCUCUGAAGCUUGUCGGCAGUUGGCUUUUGUCAAGUAUCACAACAUACUGUGUUACGACACAAGUGAUGCACAACAUCCCAUUACGGUCCUGUUGGAAGCAUGGAAACAAAUGCACUAUCCACCAGAAACUACGAGCAUAAUGCUAUUAGUUCGGAUACUAGCAUAUAUCCAUCAAAGCCCGGAUCCUCCAGCUGCAGUGGCUCAGAUCAAGCAGUUCUGUCAUCGCACAGUCAAUGAGGAUGCGGAGUUAGUACAUAAACUGCUAGGAGAGCAGUUCCGGAGUCAGUUAGAUAUGUUGAGAGAAUUGACCACCAAUGUCAUUAAUGUUGACACUGUACAAGAGUUUCUAACACCAGAAGGCUUCUGCACUCUAAUGGCCUUAGUGGGCACAAAUGGUCAAGGCAUUGGCACCAGUCCGCUUGCGAUGUGGGUGAAUGCGGUCACUGACCUGACCAUGUCUGAUGAUGAGAGGCAGCAGCUUGACUUGUUUAUUGACAAACUCUACCAGUAUGUAGAAGAAGAAUCGGGGACAUUCCUGAACACUGAAGGCUCUGGUCUGUUCGCGUUACAAAGCGCGUGCAAUCACAGUUGCUUGCCGAACGCCGAGGCAACCUUCCCAUUCGGCAAUCAUCGGGUGCAGUUGAAGGCGAUCAGACCAAUAAUGGCUGAAGAGGAAAUCUGCAUCAGCUACUUAGACGAGUGUGCCCUGCAGCGGUCUAGGCAUUCUCGGCAGAAGGAGUUAGCCCAGAACUAUCUGUUUGUGUGCUGGUGCGAGCGAUGCAUGUCCCAGGCUGGACAACCAGAUUGCACCAGCGAGGAAGAAAUGAGUGAGGAAGAGGACGCAGAUGACUGAUGCUCCAACCUGCUGGCGUUUUGCCUGCUGGGACUGUGAUUGUGAGACAGUGACCGUGUAGUGAUAGUGUGACAAAUGUGACAGUGAUACUCCAAUGGAAGACGACAGAAGGGAACUUCGAAGUAGCAGUGAUGGUAUGACACUCUGUGUUAACUUGUUGGCGUGUAAAAUAAUGAAUCAAACUAUAUGAAUAGGUAUGUGAUAUUACAAGUUGAAUAUUGUGUAAUAAGCUUAUGAAUGCUUAGAAUUUGAAUCAGCGACUGUGCGUUGUCUGUUACUGAUGCUCGCGAAUAAUUUUGCAAAAUAUUCAAUAGGAUUGUUUCUAAAGUACUCAUUGUAAUUUGGAUGACCACGAAGUCAAUUUGUAAAAGACUAGAGUGAGUCUUUUACUAGAGAAAAUCGAAGACACAGCUUCUUUCAAGGUCUUUCGAUAGGAUGCAUGAAUUCAGUGCACUCACAUACAUACAUGAUGACGCCUAUCUCCCAUUCACUUAGAAUCUGCUUUUAUUAAAAUUGCUCAUAACUUGGAACAAAUAAUUCUACUUCAGGCGGUUGAGAUAAGCAGAAUUGAUUGAGAGAGUGACAUAGUAUCUUCUCUUUCGCUCAUUGACGUUGGAAAAUUCCAGACUUUUCCGUUCCACAUCAAAUCAAUGGGACACUUUAGGAGAACCAAUUAAGAAAUAAGUUUGAUGUUAUGAUUAGAGAUUUCUUCGUCGUUGGUGGGGUAAUUAUUAUACUUUUGUGCCAAAAUUUAGUGAUGAUUCGUGCUUGAACUACUGAGCAUUCUUAAACUUUGCUAUUCUUUGUAGAUAGUACAGUAUUUAGUCCUGCAGCAUGUCCGCUUAUUUUGAUCGGGU